CUGAAUCUCAUCAAAGUCUCCAACUUUAUACCAACUAUCAAGCAAAUUCCUAUUCGUAAGUCGCCGUUCUUGUUUCUUCUAUCUGGGUUUAGCUUCUAAGUUGUUUUGGAGUGAGAAUUUUUCUGGGUUUGGCCUCUUUUUUUUAAUCAUCAAUCUUUGUAGCUGAGAAAACAAUUCAUUUCCAUACUGGGUUUUGUGUGGGUUUUUAGUUUAUUGCUACUUAGGGGGAAGGGUUGAGGUUUAGGUGCUCUAUCUAGAGUGUAGUCAUCUGCUCUGCUGAAUUUUUUUUUUUUUUUUGGAUUCUGAGUCUAUUUAAUAGCUUUAAGACUGAAAUCGGCAUCUUGACAGCCGGCAGCUGUGUAUUGAUAUAUGAGAUAAGAGUUGAGGUUGUUCUCUUUGAUGCAUAUAGUCUGAAUUUGGUUUCUGGGGGUUAUGAUUCUGUCUAAUAAGGAUUUUUGAGGAAGAAAACUAGUGUUUUUCUUUCUAGUGUAGUUUCCGAUAUAAGAUUUUGGUUUUCACUAAGGCUUUAUUAGAAUUAAGGAACUGAGAAGUUGGGAUAGAUUCCAUGGCUCGGAUCUUUGGGAGUUGGGUUUGAACGUGGAAACUGUUGUUAUUGAGAAAUCCAUUUGGUAACAUAAGUUAGAAGGGUAUAUCAGGUUUAAACAAGGUUCUUUUGGUGGUCAUCUGGGGCUCUAGGUACUGGUUUUUUUUAGAGGGGAAAUAAUGCAAAGGGUUCGAUUAUCAUCUCAACAGGCUCCAGUAUACAAGCUAGGGGAUUCUCAGAUUGCCUUGUCACCGAAGUUUAGGUUAGCUGUGAUUCAAUCCUCUUUGUUAAAUCCUUCAUUGGAGUUGGAGUCAUCUCUCAUAGGUGAACGCCUUCUUCCAGGCCUUCCUGAUGAUGUUGCACUAAACUGUCUCCUUCGGCUUCCAGUUGAGAGUCAUUCAGCUUGCAGAGCUGUAUGCAAACGAUGGCAUCUACUAUUUGGAAACAAAGAAUGCUUUUUUACUCGAAGGAAGGAAAUGGGUUUCAAAGAACCUUGGCUCUUUGUAUUUGCUUUCCACAAGUGUACAGGAAAAAUUCAAUGGCAGGUUCUUGACCUCACCCACUUCUCUUGGCAUACCAUCCCAGCAAUGCCCUGCAAAGAUAAGGCCUGCCCUCAUGGGUUUAGAUGCAUUUCAGUUCCCCAUGAGGGUACCCUCUUUGUUUGUGGGGGCAUGGUCUCUGAUGUGGAUUGCCCCCUUGACCUGGUAUUGAAGUUUGAGAUGCAGAAAAACCAAUGGAGUGUAAUGAAUCAGAUGAUCACGGCUAGGUCAUUUUUUGCAAGUGGGGUGAUUGACGGGCUGAUAUAUGUAGCUGGGGGAAACAGCACAGAUCUUUAUGAGCUCGAUUCUGCUGAGGUUUUGGACCCUGUAAAGGGGAGCUGGCAGCCUAUUGCCAGCAUGGGAACCAAUAUGGCAUCUUAUGAUGCAGCAGUUCUUGAUGGGAAGCUUCUUGUGACAGAAGGCUGGUUGUGGCCAUUCUUUGUCUCUCCCCGAGGUCAGGUUUAUGAUCCUAGAACUGAUAACUGGGAGAGUAUGCCUGUUGGAUUGAGAGAGGGCUGGCUAGGUUCAAGUGUGGUGGUCUAUGGGCACCUGUUUGUGGUUCCUGAGUUUGAACGGAUGAAGCUUAAGGUUUAUGACACAAACAGUGAUGCGUGGGACACAAUAGAAGGCCCCCCAUUACCGGAGCAGAUAUGUAAACCUUUUGCGGUCAAUGCAUGUGAUAACAAAAUUUAUGUUGUUGGCCGUAAUCUUCAUGUAGCUGCAGGACAUAUAUCAAGGCUGAACCAAAAGGAUACUUGUGAAGAAAAGUGGAGCUUCAGUGUUGAGUGGUAUGUCAUUGAUGCACCAGAAAGUUUCUCUGACUUGACACCCUCAAGUUCUCAGGUUCUCUUUGCUUAACUUUCAACUGCAUCUCAUAUUUUUGUUGUGUGCUAUUUAAAUAAAUUGUAACUAUGCAAAAUUACUAAAGCUGUUGAGUGGUAACGGAUGUGUGCUAUCGGAAUAGAUGUAUUCCUUUUAUGCAAUUGUUCAGCCUCUGUUCUUAUCUCUCAUGUAUCUCUCACAUGUAUUGUUCAAUGUAAUGUUCAUGAGCUCAAUCAAAUAUAAGAUGUUUUUCUAU